AGUACCUCAAUGGUUCUCCAAAAGCCGUUCGUUUGCCGGCGCCAUAGGUGGGUUGACAUAUUCGUUGGCGUCUCAGGCCACAAUUCAAUCGAAAGGGUUGGGCUGGACCUUCGAGUGCUCGCAAUACUUGCAUUCGCAGCUAAUACACUUUGUACGAUUCUUAUUCGAGAUCGUAACAAGGCCGUCGGCGCGGUGCAGCUGACCUUCGAUGUAAAAAAUUUCAAACGAAAGGAGUUUCUCCUUCUGUAACUACGGGGAUUCUUCACCAUGCUGGGAUAUAUUAUACUUUUGUUUCCCCCCACCACCCGAAUUACGCCACGAGUAUAGGCCCCUCUGCAAAGCAAAGUAGCAUGAUUGGUGCUCUCUUCAACCUCGGACAAGGUAAACCUUCAUCCAGCAUAUGAGAAACAGUUAACGAUGGACUCAGCCAUUGGAAGACCUUUCGUGGCCUACUUCAGCGAUGUGGCCUGGUCGGAUCAAUAUGGCUGGAAUAUGCACAUCCCUCGCCGAGCUCUUCUGUUUGGUCAUCUGGAUAUUUGCGAAAAGCUUCGGGGUCUUAAUCUUCUUUGCUCUUAUGGUUGGGACUGUUUCCGGAACAUUCCGGGCAACUGUUGCUCCGGUUGGGGCGGAAGUUGUUGGAUUGAAAAUAUGUCCAGCCGCCCUUUCCAUCAGCUGGACAGUAUUGGUUCCCCGUUGCACCUUUGCAGAGCCCAUUGGCCUGCAACUUCGGACAACAGGCGGUGCUUAUCUACCUUCACGCGCAGAUAUUCACUGGCUUGAUGUAUAUUGGAGUCGCUUUUUGUAUGUGGUUUCUAAGAGCGUGAAUAUUGGCGAGCUUGAGAGGGUAGCAAUAACGAAAGAGAGAGGGAACAAGAGCUGCAAGAUGAAAAUUUUGUACCGAGGGCCUGACCAGAUAUCUCAAGGAACCAAAGUAGGAUAAGUAUUAAGAGCAAAGUCCAGGCUGCAAAAAGCUUAUGGUCGUGGCAACGAGUCGGAUAUUGGAAAUAUACUCGGGCACCAGUGUUGUUUCUCUCUACCGGUCCAAGAAUAUUGUCACGUGUUCACUGAAGAAGCUGCAGUUUAGAGGUUGCACAACAGCAGAGAAUGUCGUAUGCGUUGGCGUCGUCACAUUCAUGAGAGGCGUGAUGGAUUGAUGAGGGUUCCGUGGGUUGAUUGGUGUUAUUACUACAAGCUGUAGGAGGUGCGAUUGCUAGUAGUGCUGCUUCAAAGUCUACUGUUAGUGUUGUCCUCAAGCAUAGUGUGAUGCUCCGCUUACCCAGAUUCAAACGCAAUUGGG